AUGUAUGCAAGCGCUACCGGACUACCAAGCUACUGGACUAUCAGGAUACCGGACUACCAAGCUACUGAACUACUAGGCUACCGGACUACUAAGCUACUGGACUACCAGGAUACCGGACUACCAAGCUACUGGACUACCAGGCUACCGGACUACCAGGAUACAGGACUACCAGGCAACCGGACUACCAGGCUACUGGACUACCAGGCUACCGGACUACCAGGCAACUGGACUACCAGGCUACCGGACUACCAGACUACCUGGCUACCCGACAACCAAUUUCCAGGACUACCAGACAAAAGAACUACCGAACUACCAGGCUACUGGACUACCAGGCUACCGGACUACCAGGCAACUGGACUACCAGGCUACCGGACUACCAGACUACCAGGCUACCCGACAACCAAUUUCCAGGACUACCAGACAAAAGAACUACCGAACUACCAGGCUACUGGACUACCAGGCUACCGGACUACCAGGCAACUGGACUACCAGGCUACCGGACUACCAGACUACCAGGCUACCCGACAACCAAUUUCCAGGACUACCAGACAAAAGAACUACCGAACUACCAGGCUACUGGACUACCAGGCUACCGGACUACCAGGCAACUGGACUACCAGGCUACCGGACUACCAGACUACCUGGCUACCCGACAACCAAUUUCCAGGACUACCAGACAAAAGAACUACCGAACUACCAGGCUACUGGACUACCAGGCUACCGGACUACCAGGCAACUGGACUACCAGGCUACCGGACUACCAGACUACCAGGCUACCCGACAACCAAUUUCCAGGACUACCAGACAAAAGAACUACCGAACUACCAGGCUACUGGACUACCAGGCUACCGGACUACCAGGCAACUGGACUACCAGGCUACCGGACUACCAGACUACCAGGCUACCCGACAACCAAUUUCCAGGACUACCAGACAAAAGAACUACCGAACUACCAGGCUACUGGACUACCAGGCUACCGGACUACCAGGCAACUGGACUACCAGGCUACCGGACUACCAGACUACCAGGCUACCCGACAACCAAUUUCCAGGACUACCAGACAAAAGAACUACCGAACUACCAGGCUACUGGACUACCAGGCUACCGGACUACCAGGCAACUGGACUACCAGGCUACCGGACUACCAGACUACCUGGCUACCCGACAACCAAUUUCCAGGACUACCAGACAAAAGAACUACCGAACUACCAGGCUACUGGACUACCAGGCUACCGGACUACCAGGCAACUGGACUACCAGGCUACCGGACUACCAGACUACCAGGCUACCCGACAACCAAUUUCCAGGACUACCAGACAAAAGAACUACCGAACUACCAGGCUACUGGACUACCAGGCUACCGGACUACCAGGCAACUGGACUACCAGGCUACCGGACUACCAGACUACCAGGCUACCCGACAACCAAUUUCCAGGACUACCAGACAAAAGAACUACCGAACUACCAGGCUACUGGACUACCAGGCUACCGGACUACCAGACUACCUGGCUACCCGACAACCAAUUUCCAGGACUACCAGACAAAAGAACUACCGAACUACCAGGCUACUGGACUACCAGGCUACCGGACUACCAGGCAACUGGACUACCAGGCUACCGGACUACCAGACUACCAGGCUACCCGACAACCAAUUUCCAGGACUACCAGACAAAAGAACUACCGAACUACCAGGCUACUGGACUACCAGGCUACCGGACUACCAGGCAACUGGACUACCAGGCUACCGGACUACCAGACUACCAGGCUACCCGACAACCAAUUUCCAGGACUACCAGACAAAAGAACUACCGAACUACCAGGCUACUGGACUACCAGGCUACCGGACUACCAGGCAACUGGACUACCAGGCUACCGGACUACCAGACUACCAGGCUACCCGACAACCAAUUUCCAGGACUACCAGACAAAAGAACUACCGAACUACCAGGCUACUGGACUACCAGGCUACCGGACUACCAGGCAAUCCGGAUCUACCAGGGCAGACCGGACUACCAGACUACCAGGCUUACCACGACAAAACCAAUUUUCCAGGUCUACAGAAAAAGUACUACCGAACGUACCAGGCUACUGGACUACCAGGGCUCCGGACUACCAGGCAACGGGCACCUGCUAAGAGCUACCGGCACUAUAAGACUCCUACCAGAGCUACCCGACAACAAAUUCCAGGACUACCAGACAUCAAAGGAAAAUACCGAACUACCAGGCUACUGGACUACCCAGGCUGAUCGGGACUACAAGCCAAAUGGACUACCAGGCCUACGGAUACACCAGACUUACCAGGACUACCGACAACCAAUCUCCAGGCUACCGCUGACUGUCCUGGCAACUGGACUCCAGGCUACCCGGCCCGCACCGCCCCAGGACUACCAGGCCUACCACCGCCUACUAACCAAUUCUCCAGGAUCAAAGACCAUGACAAUACGAACUACCGAACUACCAAGCGCUACUGGAUACCAGGCCUACGGCGCACUACAGGCAAUGGAUCACCAGGCUGUACCGGAGACUACCAGACUACCAGGCUAUCCCGACAAAUACAUCUAUCGGUUUCCCAGGAUCUACCAGACAAAAGAGAGAGAUAGAGACUGA